GCAGUCAGAGGCCACGGGCCGUUCGCACGCACCGUGCGCUCUCCCGGCUCCUCCCGCGGCGCUGUCCUCUGCCGCCCUCGACCUUUUGCACUCGUGACUGUCUGGCCGGGGAGCCUGGCGGGCUGCAGCAGGUGCUGGGGGAAAAGUUGACCGGACGACCUUCCUCUGGGAUGUGCCCUCUUCCCCUUCCCCCGGGAAUGGUUGAACACAAAAGAAACCUGACGUGUGUCUCUCCUUUCCUUUUGGGCUUAGAUGUCUGAUUUCCUGCAGCCUCCUCUUCCCCAGGACUGCCCAGGUCUUGGCGGCGGAGGGUGGCUUACCUCCCAGCCGUUCCUUCAUGGGCUUUGCUGCCUCCUUCACCAACAAGAGAAAGGCUUACUCCGAGCGUAGGAUCAUGGGGUACUCCAUGCAGGAGAUGUUCGAGGUGGUUUCCAAUGUCCAGGAGUACUGUGAGUUUGUGCCGUGGUGUAAGAAGUCUCUGGUGGUAUCCAGCCGGAAAGGUCACCUGAAGGCCCAGUUGGAGGUCGGCUUUCCACCUGUCAUGGAACGUUAUACCUCUGCUGUUUCCACCGUCAAACCUCACAUGGUCAAGGCUGUUUGCACUGAUGGCAAGCUCUUCAAUCACUUAGAGACCAUUUGGCGAUUCAGUCCUGGUAUUCCUGCCUACCCCCGAACUUGCACUGUGGACUUUUCGAUUUCCUUUGAAUUUCGUUCUCUGCUGCACUCCCAGCUGGCCUCCAUGUUUUUUGAUGAGGUUGUCAAAAAGAAUGUUGCUGCCUUCGAGCGCCGGGCAGCCACCAAGUUUGGUCCAGAAACAGCCAUACCCCGUGAACUGAUGUUCCAUGAGGUGCACCACAGUUGAGGCAAAAGACUGUUCCUUAGCUUCUCCUUUACUCUCCCUCUCCACCCAAUUCUUUUAUUUAUUUCAAUUGACUCCUGCCCCAAUCUGAGAUAGAGUCUGUUUAUAAUAGUUUUCCCUCAGUUCUCUAGAAAGCGGGGGAAGAAAAGGCAGGGGGUAUGGAAGGGACACAUGCUAAGAAAUGGUCAGGCUCAUUUUGAGAGCCCUAAGCCUGAUGCCUGCAGCCUUCUCACACUGAAGUAUAAUUAGGACUGUGUGGUUAUCCCUGAGCCCUGUCAAGGUACCUUAGUGUCUGACCAGGGAAAAUAGCAACUUUUCUUAAGGAUUGAAUAAAUUGAGCUUUUUCCUCUACACAGAGGAACUGGAUGGUCAAUUACUUUUGCUUGCUUGAAAUGCCUCAGGGGAUGCUAGAGCUCUGGCCACAGCUUAAAAUCACAUCACCUCACUUCUAAGAAUAUUUCCAUGCUAGUGGAGAGCCUGGGGCUUUCUUAUCAUCAGUGCCACGGGGUGAGAAAAUAAAAAAAAAGCACUGAACAGUUAUACUUUUGGGAUGUACCGUAUUCUUCCACUUGGCCUGAGUUUUUAUAAAAUGUCAAUAAAUUAAUUGUGACAAUGCGAA